UUCACUAAAUAUUAGGCUGGUUUAGAAACAAACAACGGCGUGUAUCGAGUUGAAGGUGUCUGUUAAUAUACUGCGCGCUUCUCCGACUCGUGAUUCAGCUCCGGCUGCUGAAAGAUAAACUUCUGGAAGUUAACUAGCCGAAUCAGAAGUGAAGCCUCCUCUCCAUCAUGGCCGUCAGAGCAUCAUUUGAGAAAAACAACGAGAUCGGCUGCUUUGCCAAACUGACCAACACGUACUGUCUGGUGGCUGUAGGCGGCUCGGAGAACUUCUACAGUGUGUUCGAGGGGGAAUUGUCAGAAACCAUCCCAGUGGUUCACGCUUCCAUCGCAGGCUGUCGCAUCAUCGGGAGGAUGUGUGUGGGUAACCGUCACGGUCUCAUGGUGCCCAACAACACGACAGACCAGGAGCUGCAGCACAUCAGGAACUGCCUGCCAGACAGCGUGAGGAUCCAGAGAGUGGAGGAGAGGCUGUCUGCCCUCGGCAACGUCAUCGCCUGCAACGACUACGUAGCGCUGGUCCACCCCGACCUCGACAGGGAGACGGAGGAGAUCCUGGCAGACACGCUGAAGGUGGAGGUUUUCCGUCAGACGGUAGCGGAGCAGGUCCUGGUCGGCUCCUACUGCGCUUUCAGCAACCAGGGAGGCCUCGUCCACCCAAAGACGUCUAUAGAGGACCAGGACGAGCUGUCGUCUCUGCUACAAGUCCCCCUCGUGGCGGGCACGGUGAACAGAGGCAGUGAGGUCAUCGCGGCAGGGAUGGUGGUCAACGACUGGUGCGCGUUCUGCGGCCUGGACACCACCAGCACCGAGCUGUCCGUCAUAGAGAGCGUCUUCAGACUCAGCGACUCAGCGCAGCCCUCCGCCAUCGCCACCAGCAUGAGGGACUCUCUGAUCGACAGCAUGGCGUAAGCUGCCGCCACCGCCGCUGCAGCAGUUUCCUGCCAGUGAAGAGCUGCGGUUCACAUGAUCUCACACAUGAAGCCAACAAGCUGCUGGACCUCAUUUCUCAACUUAAAACACCUCCUUCCACACCGCUCGCUUCAGUUUCACAGCUCUCACCGUCUCAUAGCCUUUAGCGUUUGAUUUGAUCUGAAACGUUUCCUCUGGAUACCUCAGUCAGUUCAGAUCCGUAAGGAAAGAUCCGGUGGAGAGGAGAACACUCACCGCCUCCCCUCUGACGUCGACCUUUACAGACAGUGGAGAGACUCAAAUAUUAAUAUGCAGAAAGGAAAGAAAGCUGCCUGAGGGCACAUCUACAAACAAGCUGAGUAAUCAGAUAUUUCAGCCUUUGUGGCACUAAUGAGAAUAUUUUCCAAUCAAACUGGUAGAAAUGAUAUUUUCUCCCAGUUUGAUUGACAGACAGUGGCCAAGGCUCUGUUAAAAGGUGUUAAAAAUCAAAUUUGUUUCUGUGCCUGUAUCAUUUAAGUCACCAUACGUUUAAAAAAACAUGUCUAAACUCUUAGUAGGAGUCUGUGUUCUGUCUCAUGGUGACAGAACUUCAGCUGUAGAUCCAACUGACGCUUGAAGAACAAAUAUUCAACUUUAAUUUCAAAAUAACGGCUUGAUUGAAGGAUUAAUGAACAAACCUUCUGAGGUGUAAAAUCAAUCGAUUUGAUGUCCGGUGAACUGAUGGUUUAUAACAUGCUGUAUGAUGAACACACACAGGUAGAGUGCGUGUGUGUUUCUGUGGCCUGCUAUGUAUGUUUACACACAGAUGGAUGUUUUCUUGUGUGGAUUGUAUGAAAUGAAACCGGUUCAGAUGCAAACUGGACUCUAUUUGGAUCAUUCUGUAACUAAUCACGGCCUGCUGGUGACUUCUGAACACGGUCGAUCUUUCUUAACGAACAGUUCGUCUCGUCUGUCCUGUAAAAUAAAAUAAAUCGCCCUCUUUUUA